AUGUCAAAAGCAUCUUCAGCACAUACAUAUAAUUAUAUCGCAAAUGAUGAGCAGACGAGAAUAUCACCAAGACGAUUUGUGCUAAGAGCUCGCCAACAGCCAAUACAGACGCGUAUUAGCACUAAUAAUGAAAGAGAUCGUCGGACUCUUGACCCCCCUCCUAUCAUUCAAAUCAGAUUACAAGAUGCCUUACCACAGGAGACGCAUUUUUUUAUGUGUGCCAAUCUGGCUCACUGGAGCGAUGAUAAUGAGAUCUACACUCCAAAUCACAAUGCUUUGUCUGGCCAAGCUGUGUCUUCGCUGUACAAACUCAAAGACAUUGACAAUAAUGAUGGAGGAUUUUUUAUUUUUGGUGAUUUGUCGGUCAAGGUUGAAGGAAGAUUCCGAUUAAAAUUCACUCUGUUCGAGAUCACAGCUUCAGGUGCUAAUGCCAGUGUCGCAAUGUUCUCGGAAAUCUUUACAGUUUAUUCGGCAAGAUCCUUCUCAGGAAUGCUAGACUCCACCUUUCUCUCACGUACGUUCUCUGACCAAGGAGCUCGCAUUCGCAUUCGAAAAGAACACAGAUCUCAAUUAUCUGGGUCACGCAAACGAAAACAUUCUAUUCAAAAUUUGUCCGUUAGCCCCCCGCCAACUGAGGCCCAUUCGCUCACACCCUCAAGCUGGUACCCAAGCACAGACGACUCUACUUGCCCUCAGAAAUCCGCCAGCAAGUUUAGACGAUUAGACCAGGAUACGGGUUUUCCCGUGGUUGACACCCAUGUCUCAGUUCAAGGCUCAUAUUCUCUUGAUGACCAAUCGCCACUAUACACACCAACUGGAUACAGCGGUUGGAGAUCUCAGUCUGGCCGUCCUCCAAUGGUCGACACUCACCAAGAUGUACCCAUGCCUAUCCAUAGCAGACGAGACAGCAUGAGCAGUAACAGUGGAACCGAAAGCACCUGUAGCGAGCCAAGUUCAGCAUCAAUGCAUCAUCUCACGCCUUCCCACCCCUUGACAAAACCAAGCUUUGUUCCACUAUGUACCACAAAGUUCAUCUCUCCGCAACAACAGAUGUGUAACGAGUUUGGUUUCGUACAACGUGGUCUGGAGCACCCUUUUUCCAGGGCGACUUUUGUCCAAUCCGAACACAACAAGAGAGAAUCUCCGGGAAGCCAAACCCCUACACUUUCGCCAUCUCUGAACAAGCGUGCCUUUUACGACAAUGAAGACACACACAUGGUACAACUUCCACCUCUUCGUUACAUAAUCCCAGACAACCACUACCCUUGCCCAUCUAUUUUUGACAAAGAUGAGGUGGUCAAGACCAAUGCUGCAAAAGCAAUGGUUCAACUUUCCAGUCAUUUCAAUAUUGCACAAACUCCACAGCCAAUUCACCCUACCAGUCACACCCACACGAACUACUAUGCCACCCUUUCUCCUACGUUUUAA